GCCUGUCGUCCCCCAUCUGCCUAAUGACUCCUUUUAGAGAGCCAGUGCAGAACCCAGUACAAGCCAGGUACAACAGGCACUUGUCCAAAGCCAGAUCGGUGGUGGAGAGGUCAUUCGGGAUGAUGAAGACCCGAUGGCGAUCCAUCUUUUUCAAGGCUCUUGAGGUGAAGUUCACGUUUGCACCAGUGGUGGUGUCCUGCUGUGCAUUUCUGCACAACCUGUGCCUUUCCAAUGGUGACAUUGUAGAGUCAGCAGAGGGUGAACCAGAAGAGGAGCCUGGGGAAGCAGAGGCUGAGGAACACACUUCUGCAGCACAACCUGGAGACGGUCUUCGGGACAGACUGGCCGCUGCUGUGUCAGCCCCAGGUGCUGCCAUCUCAGCCCUACGGGAACAUGAUUAUUAAAAGGGGAAUAUUCAAAUAAGUUAUUUCAGUGAUUAGUUGUUUUGUUUGAUUAACUGGUUAAAUAUGUCAUCAAUCUAUUCAAUAUACUGCAAUCUGUUUUUUUUC